AUGGUGAUGGAAAGUACAUGUGAGAAAAGAUGUCUGACUGUUGCACCACCAAAUGAAUUAUCAUUUAUGACAGCCAGCCUUUCAACUGCUUUUAUUCUUACCAACAUCCCUGGCAAUAUUCUUAUUUUCUUGGCUGUUGUUCUUGAUCCCAACAAAAACCUACGAACACCGUUUAACUGGUUAAUUGUUAAUUUAUCAGCGGCUGAUUUCAUAGUUGCCAUCAUCACUGAACCUCUCUCCGUGUAUUAUCAUAUUAAAGAGGGUCUUGGCGAGCAUGGCCCCGAAGAGAUAAUUAGCUUGAUUCAUUUGACUUACUUCAUCUCAUGCACUGCCUCGAUCCUCAGUCUUACAAGUUUGGCAGUUGAACGAUAUCUGGCUGUGAGAAGACCAAGUACCUACCGAAAUAAAGUGACUAAUCAACGAAUUCCAACAACAAUAGCAAUGAUUUGGUUGAUUUCGUUAAGUUUACCAAAUAUUUAUUUUAUUGUUGGUUUCACUGCGUACGCAUUCAUAUUUGUAAACGCCUUCAUUGUCGUUGCUGUUGUAAUCAUUGUUAUAAACUACACUUUAAUGAGGAGGAAAUUAAGAUACCGAGGUAAAAAUAGUGAAACAACUGCUCCUAACGAAGCUCGUGUAAAUCGAAUCUCAGAAAGUGAAGACCAGUCUUCAGUCAAUAAAAAUUGUAUCGAAAUAAAGAAGCAACUGCUAGAAGCCAAAAUCACUCAAAUGUUCCAGAUCGUAAUUACAGCUCUCCUGUGCUGUUAUGGGCUCUCUACAGUGAUGAUGUAUUUGGUAAAUUUCUGUCACGAUUGCAGUUGUGCUUCCAUCCAUUGGUUCCGAGAUCUUCAUGUCUUGCUUAUUCUGAUGAAUUCAAGCAUUAAUUUUUUCUGCUAUGCUUUAAGAUCUGCCAGAUUCAGAAGUGCAUUUGUUAAAUUGCUAUACGGUUCAAUUCCGUGUAGUUGA